AUGCCGGCAGAUAUCGUGAAGGAGGGCGGCUAUCGAAGGCCAUCUCUGCUUCGUCGACAUGAUAAUUUGAUCUGCACCUGGACCAUUCUCGACUGGCCUUCCAUACUCUGCGAUGCCUGGAUUCCUACAGGAGGUGAAAUCUUCGAUGAUGGAAUCAAGAAUCUGCGAAGUGUGCUACACCACAUUCUCGAAAACAGCGCCAUGGAAUCCACGCAGCUCGCGAGGCAGAGAAGUGUAAACCACUACAGGAGGUUGCAUUCGUUCGACUGCCGGACGACUGCGCAUGGGUUCCUUUCAUAG